UUGUAUAAAGUCCAAAUAAGCGGAACAAUUAUAAAUAAUAAUCGAUUGUUUCUGGUAGAACAAAAUGUUUCGUAGCUCGUUUACCUUUGAUAAAUUAUUGGACAAAGCAACGAGUCAUUUACAGCUCGAGCCUGACUGGGUCGCAAUUCUCCAAAUAUGCGAUUUAAUUCGUCAGGGUGAUGUACAACCUAAGGCAGCACUUGCAGCAAUUAAGAAGAAAGUGACGAAUCCUAAUCCGCACGUAGCUUUGUAUGCUCUAUUGGUUCUAGAGUCUUGUGUUAAAAAUUGUGGUACUUUGAUUCAUGAUGAAGUUGGCACAAAACAAUAUAUGGAACAGCUUAAAGAGCUGGUAAAAACAACAACACACGAGAAUGUCAAACUGAAAACUUUAGAGUUGAUACAAGCCUGGGCACAUGCGUUUAGAAAUAGCCCUAAAUAUAGAGCAGUACAAGAUACACUGAACAUUAUGAAAACUGAAGGAUACAAUUUCCCUGCUUUGAAAGAAAGUGACGCUAUGUUCAUUGCUGAUACUGCUCCAGUAUGGGCCGAUGGUGAUGUAUGCCAUCGUUGUAGAGUCUCUUUUGGAGUAAUGCAGAGAAAGCAUCACUGUAGAGCUUGUGGUCAAGUAUUUUGUGCUCAGUGCUCCAGCAAGGCAUCCACUUUACCUAAGUUUGGGAUUGAAAAAGAAGUUCGAGUUUGCGAAGCUUGCUACGAGCAAGUUAAUAAACCAUCCGCAGUGCAAAUCAAAGAAGCUGAUUUACCUGCUGAAUAUCUUAACAGCUCUUUGGCUCAGCAACAGCAAGUGCCGCCUAAGAAGACAGCAGCCGAGCUUCAGGAAGAGGAAGAACUAAAUCUUGCUAUUGCCUUAAGUCAGAGUGAAGCGGAACACAAGGAAAAGGAGAAGAAACGGACCACUAGUACUAUAAAAUCAAAUACAAGCACCCUAAAUAGGACAACAUAUUCCCCACCGCCGUCUCCUGGCCCAAGCCCGUCAGCGUUACAAGAAGAAGAAGAGAUUGAACCAGAGCUCGCAAAAUAUUUAAAUCGAAGAUAUUGGGAACAAAGACAAACUUCGAUAGAAGAGCAUGCUUCUCGGGCUGAUGUGACUAGUCCAUCUGCUCCUAACAUAAGUAGUCCAAUGCCGCAAAAAGUUGUAGUCGCGAAACAACAAAACGGAGAAGUUGAUAGCCAAAUGGAGGAGUUUGUUAACGCGUUGCGAUCGCAAGUUGAAAUAUUUGUUAAUAGGAUGAAGAGCAAUUCGUCCCGAGGCAGAUCGAUUGCGAACGACAGUUCUGUGCAGACUUUGUUUUUAAAUAUCACUGCUAUGCAUUCAAGAUUAUUGAGAUAUAUCCAAGAACAAGACGAUAAUAGAGUAUAUUACGAAGGUCUUCAAGAUAAACUAACGCAAAUGAAGGAUGCUAGGGCUGCCUUGGAUGCUUUGCGGGACGAACAUAAAGAAAAAUUAAGGAGGCAAGCAGAGGAAGCUGAGAGAAAAAGACAAAUGCUGAUGGCUCACAAAUUAGCAAUCAUGAGAAAGAAGAAACAGGAAUAUCUACAGUAUCAACGGCAGCUUGCUUUGCAGAAAAUUCAGGAACAAGAAAGAGAAAUGCAGAUGAGACAAGAACAACAGAAACAACAGUACAUAAUGGGUGGUUAUCAGGCUGUUGCUGGCUACAUGGGACCAUCGCAUGGUUCACCCGUUCGUCAUGUUCAGUAUCAAGGACCUGGAUCUAAUUAUAAUCCUAUGUCCCCAACGAACCAAGGAUACAUGUAUGGACAACCUCCUGUGAAGCAGUAUCCGAUGCCAGGGUACAAUAUGCCUCAGAUGAAUGCAAUGCCAACCCAUAUGCUGGGACCAGCAGCCAGUCAGGAACAGCAAUCAACUGAUCCGUCCGUUCAGGGACAUGAAGCCUUGGGUCGAGUUACCGUUUCUGGGCCCGGAAUGAUGUCUCAAAUGACAAAUCCAAUACCGCAACUACAGCAGACAGGUGGACAUCAAAUGGGGCCGCCGAGUCAUGUGACGCAAACGCAACCACCAACAGGCCAUAUUCCAGCCCAACAAGGUGCUCCGUCGCAAAUUACGCAACAAGGGCAACCGAAUCAAAUGGGCAUACCUCAAUUGGGUCCUCAAGGUCAUAUGGGUCCCGGAGCGCAUGGUCCACCGGGUCAAGUGGUUGGUCUUCCACCUCAAAUGGGACCACAACAACCAUCCACAUUGCCAGCUCCUCAAGGGUCUUCGAUGCAGCCUCAUGUUUCAAACCCUCCAAUUUCAUCCCAAGAAUCAGGUACUAUUCAAGUACCGGCAGGAGCUGCAUCGGGGCCUAUCCUAACAUCGAACCAAACGAUGCCAGGUCCUCAGGGACCUAACUUACCCGCGAUGCCUCAAGGAAUAUCUCAAGUCCCUGUUUCUCAAAAUCAGCCGUCAUUAUCGUAUCAACCCAGCACAUCUAUGCCACCUCCAUCAAAGGAAACCGCGCAAACGAAAGAAGACUCAAAGCCUGAAACAGCGGAGUUGAUCUCUUUCGAUUGAAAAAAACACGGUGAAAUAUUAACCGAUAAUUAGAAGUGCAUUUAAGGUAAUUAUCAGUUUAAAACAUAAAUUUGUAUAUUUUAAAUUGGCCCUGGUAGUUUCAAUUUCCUUGUAAAACUGGGAUUCUUAUUGGACUGACAAAACUGUUCUUUUAAUGUAUUAGAAAUUAACAACAAUUGACCUUAUGCGCAUAGGAGCAUCGUUUUCUUCAUAUUUUCCAUAUUAAACGAGAUUAUCUAGCGACUUUCAGUCUCUAAAUGAAAAAA